CCAUCCUUUUCCUCACCCAACCCCAGGCCUGAAAGCUGCAACAUUAUUCUCUCCUCUCCAUCAUGGGCAUUUGCUCUUCCUCCCAUCUCAUGAGUAAAAAUGGAAGGUGCCUGAGUUGGCCUUCCACAGCCAAGAUUAUUCACUUGGAUGGGAAGCUACAGGAGUUCUUACACCCAAUCCAAGCAGGCCUGAUCCUCUCCCAGAACCCCAACUGCUUCCUCUGCAGCUCAGAAUCCAUGUUCAUCAACUCCCAUGCACCUCAGGUUCCUGACAAAGAAGAGCUGCAGUUAGGCCAAAUCUACUUCCUCAUGCCACUCUCCAAGUCACGUUCACCCCUUUCUCUCCAGGACUUAUGUAUACUAGCGGUCAAGGCCAGCGCUGCAAUUGCCCACCCCAACACCGCCCAUUUGGCAAUCAAAACUGGCCGUGCCGCCUUCCCUUCUGCAGCUCAGGGAUACUGCAACAUGCCAUCUGGGCUUGGCAUCAACUGCCAACCGGCGGAGACAGCGGCCGCAGGAUUGAGUUCUGAAAUGGAGGCAGUCAUAAAGGGAGAGCUCACGCAAGAGGCCAAGCACGAACACAAGAGUUGUCAAAGCUUGGGAAACUUGCAGGAAUGUUAUCUUAUGGUUUUCAAUUUUGUGUAUAAAAUUCAGUAGUAGUUGCAGAUUGUAAUGGCUUCUUGACUAGUAAACUCAAGCCAUAUGUAAGUUGCCAUUUUUUUAAAUUUCCUCGGUAUUUUACGCGUAGUUGAAGUCCAUACCUUGUAAUAGCCGCUAUCAGCUGUACACGGACAUUAUGGUAUUUAUGUUUUUCUUGCCCUUUUCUGCUGCAUU